UUUCCCGCCGUUCGCGGGCGGAGCCGCCGGAGCCAACCAGGUAACGGCGCGCGCGCCGCUCCCGCUCCGCCCGAGGGACAGGCGCGCCACAGCCCCGCCAGGCCUGGGCCCCCGCCGGGUGCGCUGCCGGCAUUGCCCCGCCUGACCCAGGAAGGGGCGUGUUGGACAUGCCCGACCCCUCCCCGGCCGUCCCGGCUGCUGGGCGUGACCCAAGCCUGGCGGGAAGUUCCCAUGGCAGGAUUUCCCAGAGCAUCCCGGCGUGUCUCUCGAACAGCCAGACUGAAAGAAAAGUGACUUAAAACUGUGCACAGAGAUAUGAGAAAGGAGAGUGGAACCAAAGCCUCCAGGCCCUACACUUGGUUACUGACCACUGGACUGAAGAUUUUAUCCUGGUGAAUCUAGGGGACCAGCUGAACCAGUAGCUGCACCCAGAUAUUCUAAGUUGCUUGAAGACUCUCAGGGAAGGAAAUGCAGCUUGGCUAAUUGUAGACCUUGUAUCUUUUGAACUACAACUGUAACUUGUGCCUCAAAAAUUUGGGAGCAAAUUGCUCCUUUUAUUUGUAAUCAUAGAGAUAGCCAUGUCCAGCUGGUAAUGACACAGUGCCUGUUCAAAAGUGUUUGUUUAAAAUUGACUGCAUAAAAAUGGUGAAAACUUAGAAUGGCCAGUUUUACACACAGGGAACUGAAGGAUAAAAAUUAUAGAAGUAUUUCAGUAUUGGACACCCAGUGCCGAUAAAAUUGAAUCUUACCUUGGCUCAGAUCCAGAUUUGAGUACUGUGCUCCCCCUGAAGUUUACCUGAGAGCAUCAUCUUUGCUAAGAAACCCUUCAAAACAGAUAGAAUUGUGGGUAUACACCUGUCUUCAGAAACAGCUUCAUAACUAUGUAAUUUAAAAUACAAAGUUUGAGAGUGAGCCAGUUCUGCAAAUAAGUCAAGGAAGCUGGGAGCAGAAAAAAGCAAGAUGAAUGCAUCUGGAGGAAGCUGUGGGAGCCCUAGUUCUGCAGAACCUUCAGGAGAUUUCUUCAAGGAAUUGUGGUCCAAACUGAAAGAAUGUCAUGAUAAAGAAGUACAAGGCUUACAGCUGAAAAUAUCUAAGUUAAAAAAGGAAAGAUGCUUGGAUGCAGAGAGGCUUGAAGAGUUCUAUACCAAGAACCAACAGCUCAGAGAACAGCAAAAAGCACUUCAUGACACCAUCAAGGUUUUAGAGGACAGAUUAAGAGCAGGAUUAUGUGAUCGAUGUGCUGUAACCGAAGAACACAUGAGAAAGAAGCAGCAAGAGUUUGAAAACAUCCGGCAGCAGAAUCUCAAACUUAUUACUGAGCUUAUGAAUGAAAAAAACAACUUACAGGAUGAAAAUAAAAAGAUAACCGAACAGUUCCAGCAAUUACAGAAGGAGCUGGAGGAGCAAAAGCAGCAAGCAGUGGAAUUAGAAGAAGGAAUCAUUCCAGAUUCUCCAGUUCUGACCUCUUCAUUUUCUGUGGUUAAUCGUAUGAGGAGAAAAAAAGAGAAUAGGCAUAUUCGAUACACAGAACAUGCACACUCAGAUUUGGAACUUAGCAACAGUGAGUUUGGAAAAAUUCCACUCUUUUCCACACAAGUGAGCAGUAACCACAGAGAAGAGAUACUAGUGGCAGACACCUGUGAUCCACAACUGUCCCCUGUACCAAAUAAACCAAGAGUAGGAGGCUAUCCCAUUCCAAAGCCAUCUUUUAACUUGGCUGCAGUUGUCGCAGAAACUAUUGGACUUGGUGUUCAAGAGGAAUCUGAAUCCCAGAGUGUACUGAAUCUUCCCCACACUAAUACAGUUAUGAGCCAGGCCCCAGAGAGCAUGCAGACUGAAGACUCAAGAAAGCAUCCAGCUUCUGAAUCAAGAAAUGAUGACAGCAAUUUAGGUAUUUCAGAUCCAUCUCAGAACACUCCACCACAUGUUGACUGGGAUUCUCAGGUAGCUUCUCCUGUUUUUGGAGCUUCUAGCAGUAUGAAGAACAACUCAAGUAUAGGUCAUGCUCCUUGUAUUUUAGAUUCAGGAUUGAAGGCUAGUCUCAAAACCAACCUCUUCAACAAUCCAUCCAGUUCCAGAUCUCAUAAAAGUAAAUCAAAAUCUGAAGAUGUUGCUUUUGUUUCACCACUGAAUCUUGGAACAGAAAUCAACUCAGUUAUCAGCCAGGCGUCUAUCAGUAGGCAAAUGGUUGUGAAAAAGAAUACUAGUGAGGCUGUAACCUGUGUUGGAAACACUUGCACAGCUAAAAAUGAGGUGAUCAAGAGCGAUUUCCUUCUCAUGCACCAGAAGCAGCUAGAAGGCAGGUGUGCUAAGAGAAAGAAAACUGAAGACGAUCAUGCAGUUAACUGUGAAAAAACAUCUUUCAACAAAGAGAACUCUGUGCCCUUUCGAUCAGAUGUUCAGCAUAUUAAUGGGGAACAUACAGUUGAUAAGCCCUUGGAUCUGUCCGAUCGCUUCUCUGGAGUCCGUUGUCAAGAGAAAAAACAAGGAAGUGAGGAGACAUGUAAAAAUAGACUGAAACAGGUGACUCUGAAUGACAUUUUUUCACACCUGGGGAAGCCCAUUCCUGAAGGUUUAUCGUCCAUUCAAAAUGCCAACGAGAGCUGUUUGUUUGGUAGAGAUUUACAAGAGGAAUCGUAUGUACAGGAGGCAAUGCUGGGAAAAACAUUUCCAGAUAAGAAAAAACAGAUCCAAAUGAAAGAAGAAGUUCCUCCCUUCAAAUUUGCACCAUUGCCAAGUUCUGCAGAGACAGAGGAACUUUUUGGUGAUGUACAGGUUGCCGGUGGCCAUGUACCAAAUAGAAGGAAAACAAGGACAGGACAUGGAGAGUCUGAACCAGCAUCUGUGCUUCAACCAAACCCUUGCAGAGUAUCAAAAAGUAAAGCACUGCAAAAUGAGCAAGACCUGAAAGAUAAACCCUCUUUAGAAAACCUACAGUGGAGCGUAGACCCAGGAGCUGACCUUUCACAGUACAAAAUGGACAUUACUGUGAUUGAUACAAAGGGUGAUUCUCAGAGCAAAGUCGGAGGGGAAGUUGUUGAUAUGGAUUACACAUAUGUUAGUGAUAGUGUGCUAUUAAAAAUGAAAAAUCAAGAGCAAAAUCAGGAAAGCAGUCCAAGAGGAGAAAUAACAGAGAUGUUUGAUCGGACAACCCAUGAAGAAUAUGAAUCCUGCCUACCAGAAGAUAGUCCUUCUGCAUGUGAUGAAAAAGAAACUCUUCAUGAUGAAGAGCGGGAUAAGGGAAUAACAAGCAAGAAACUAAAGAAGCAUGAGGAUAAACAAGAUAAAGCCAAACAGAAAGCUUUUGUGGAGCCAUAUUUCAAAAGUGAUGAAAGAAAGAAUACUGUGUUAGAUUUUCCUCAUAUUGAGGUUAUUCGAAAAAAAGAAGAAAGAAGAAAAUUACUUGGCCAUACUUGUAAGGAAUGUGAAAUAUAUUAUGCAGACAUUCCAGAAGAAGAGAGAGAGAAGAAACUAGCUUCCUGUUCCAGACACAGAUUUCGCUACAUUCCUCCAAAUACUCCUGAAAAUUUCUGGGAGGUUGGAUUUCCUUCCACCCAAACCUGCAUGGAAAGAGGAUACAUUAAAGAGGAUCUUGCUCCCUGUCAGCGUCCAAAAAGACGGCAGCCUUAUGCUGUGAUGUUUUCUCCAAAAGGCAAAGAGCAAAAGACAUAAAGGAUGGGGAAGUAAGGCCUGCCAACUUGAAGCGUAUCUUUCCUGCCCAUAGAUAUUUAUAGUUAAUAUAAACUUGAAAUAAAGGACUAUGUUUUCCACAAUGAUAGAUAAAUUGUUUAAUUGAAUAUGUAAAUUUUAUAGAAUUCAUUUGAAAGUCUGAUUUAGCAGGAUACAAAAACUAUUUAAUGUAUGUUUGUUUCAUAUUGUGUUAAUACAUUUUGUAUUAAUUUUUGCACCUGUCGGACAAUGAGUCUCCCACUUUUUUUUUUCCUUUGAA